AUGAUACUGUCUCCUCGGUACGCUGAGGAGCUGUGCGACCAUCACGACUUGAGUUUCGGGAAAGCUGUUGCCAAGUGUGCAUCCCUUCCUAGUCGCCGAGUCUCUGCGCAUCUGGCCAAAGAUGCUUCGGCCCGUUUCUUUCUGGAUGCCGCCAAGAUGACGCAGCUGAUUCAUGAUUUGUGCGGAAAGGAUGAACCCAUCAAGGCCCUGCAAGACGAGGUCAUUGCCGUAUUGCCUGAAGGGCUUGCAAAGGAAAUCACGUAUCCAUGCGGGGAGUGGCAACCAGCCAUACAUAUCUCUUUGUCCAACGGGACGGACAUCUCCAACAACACCCUUAUUAUGAUUUCGGCACAUAACAUGUGGGACGAGUCUGCGUACCCCAACGCUAACGAGUUCGAUCCGUAUCGCUUCCUACGCACGCGAGAGAAUCCGGAUCAAGAAAAGUUUGCGCAUCUCGUCUGUCCUUUGGGCGAACACGUGGGCUUUGGGUUCGGCAGGCAUGCUUGUCCAGGCCGUUUCUUUGCCGCAAAUGGGCCUAAAAUUGCUAUGUUUCAUAUCCUGCUUGAGUAUGACUUCAAGCUUGUAGAAGAUACGCGACCGGAACUUGAAAGGGUGCGUGUGUCGCCAAGUGCGAGCUAA